ACACACACAGUCUGUACCUCUACAGGAACAUUUUAAAGCAUAGGUUGAACGUAAAAUCUACAAGUUGGGCUUUAUGCAUUUCUGCAAUAUUAUAAAUUGUGCAUGUUGUUGCUUAGUUCUGUUGUCAGAUUGUGUCAUAACCUUUAAACCUCCAAACACUGUUACAUUGAUCUCCAUUGCUGCAUUGACUUAACACUUCCUAUUACGCGCUAUAGGACUGUGUUGUGUGUUGGGGGCUGGCUUCUACAGCUUCACAAACAUUCUCUUCUGUUGGCAGAUAUAAAGUCCUGGAGCUUCCUCACAGCUUCACUGAUAUGACUUUAGUGUUGCUUUUAUCAUUUCUAAGGACUGUGUGAUCUUUCAGCAUGAUUUUGGCAUUAGCACUUUUUCUUUGUGUGUUGUUGGGCACACACGGUUUCAACACGCAACAUUCUAUUGAACCACAGGCAGACUUUGAUCUGGAGAAAUUCACAGGUGAAUGGUACCGACUUGGAGUUGCAGAUGAGUCAAACACAUUUGCCACGUUAAAACACCAUUUGAAGGUUUCUAAAGGUUUUUUGGUACCAGAUGCCAGUGGAAAUGUGAAUCUGACCAUGUGGACCAUGAGACCAUAUGGAUGUUCUAUCAGUGUUUAUUCGUAUGAGAAGACGGACGUUCCAGGAGCUUUUACAUAUUUCAGCAAAAGGCACAAAAUAAUAAAAGACAUCACCAUGGUGGAGACCAAUUACACCGAUUACAGUUUGGUCCUUAAAUACAAAAGCAUGGACAAAGAGUACACUCAGAUAGCUCUGUACGCACGAUCAGCAUCACCAGCACCAGAAGUGAUUCAGAAAUUCAGAUCCUUUGCAUUGACACUGGGAUUUUCUGAAGAGGCCAUUAUGGUUCCAGCGGACAUUGAUCCCUGUCCCAACCUUGAAUCAAGCCAGCUGUGGACCUUUGGCUACAUAUACUCAGUUUUGUUACACAUUUGGGCAACUGUGUUUGUUUUAACGAAAACAGUCGUUGAAGAAAUGCAACUAUAUAACAGCAGCAAAGCAUUCAUUAACCACCAGGUAGCGCUAUUGUAACGGAACACCAUCAACAAGAAGUCUGUUUUUGACAGACACUUGUAUACAAAAGACAAUGUUGCUAAUAAUGGAGAUAUGAUACUGUUUAAUCUUCAUCAGAUCAUUUAUGUCAAGUGAUUAUUGUACUUUUCCACUGUAUUUUCAUAUGCUCAAUAAACUGUUUUUACCAUUAUAACAUCAGUUGCUUUAAAAAGUUUGCUACAUCUAAAAAUACACAAAUUCUACACAAGUUAUUAUUUGUCUAACACUUGCGUGAAGUUAUAAAACUGAAUGGCUAUAAAAGCAGGUUAUAACUACACAUUUCGUAGUUAAAUCGGUUCAUUUAUAUUAUUGUUAUAUUAUUCCUGUAUAUAAAAUGACAUGGUUUUAUGCACACAUGCUUUGUUUACACAGAAAUAAAGAAGUAAUGACGAAUCCAUGUGAAGCUCAUAAUCGUUCUUUAUUGAUAUAUUUAUGAUCUGAUUAUAUAUCUAUGUUGGGACUUGUAUCAUUAAAAAU